CCCCCCUCCUCUUCCUCCUGGUUCAUUCCCUACCUAUACCGGUUUAUUCCAGUGUUACUACUCUCCAUCUAAUAGGCAUGCGCUUGGUAAGCUUGGCCAGCUUUGGCCUGUUAUCUCUGUCGAUCACAUCAGCACUCCCAUCCAACAACGGCAACGGCUAUGGUAAUGGCUAUGGCAACUGGCAACGGCAACGGCCACGGUCACAAGAACUUUUCGCUGCGUGUGAUCCACACCAACGACGUGCACGCACACUACGACCAAUUCAACAAAUACGGUUCCGACUGCACAGCAACGGACAUUUCCCGGGGUACCUGCUAUGGCGGCGCUGCGCGGCAGGGCCAUCCGAACACGCUGCUGUUUGAUGCGGGUGACCAGGCCCAGGGCACGCUGUUCUACACAGUCGACAAGUUCAACGCCACCUACAAGCUAAUGAACCACCUCAAAUACGACGCCAUUUUCGACGACGGACCCGAUUUCGUGGCCAAGUUCUUCAAUCUGCUAAAGUUCCCUGUGGUCUGCGCCAACAUGGACACGUCCAAGAACCCGAAUCUGGCCAAGAUUGUCAAGCCCUAUACGAUUAUCGACAAGUACCAGCUUGGCGUCAUCGGCUAUAUUACCAAUACUACCGGCAGUAUCUCGAGCUCCGGGCCAACAGUCUCAUUCUCGGACCCGGCCACGGCAGUCAACAAGUAUGUCAAGAUUCUGCGCAAGAAGGGCAUUAAGCGGAUUAUCGCCGUCAGCCACAACGGGUACAAGGAGGACCAGGAGGUGGCUGCGCGCACCCACGGCUUGGACCUGAUCGUCGGCGGCCACUCGCACACAUACCUGUCGUUGAAUGCAUCAGAGCCGGGCGCUGGCGGCCUCUACCCGACCAUUGUCAAGAACCUGGAUGGCAAGGACACGUAUGUGGUGCAGGCCAAGGCGUGGGGCGAGUAUGUUGGGUACGUCGACAUUGAGUUCAAGAAGGACGGCUCGAUUGCCAAGCUGAGCGGUGAGCCUGUGCAUCUGACGCAGGAUAUCGCGCAGGACCCGGUCAUGGCAGCCAAUGUCAAGGAAUGGCGCAGAUCGUUCGAGGAGUACGGCGAUGUGCUGGUUGGUAACCUGACCGAGGGCAUCAGCAACAGCGGCUGCCAGACCGGCGAGUGCGCAAUCGGUGAUCUGUCUGCCGACGCCAUGCUCUGGGCGCGCAGCCGGGAUUCCCCUGUCGACAUCGCCAUCAUCAAUAGCGGCGGGAUCCGCGCUGGCAUGGCUGGCGGCACGGUGCGCGUCAAGGAUGUCUUGCUGGUGUUCCCGUUCGGCAAUGCCUUGGCGGAUGUCGCGCUGACUGGCGCCAAGCUCAAGGAGGUUAUUAGUGGGAUUCUGGCGAAGAAAAACGUGGUGAAUGGACGCCCGGUGACGAGCUUUUUGCAGAUUGCCGGCGCUCGCAUCAGCUACCACCCGACGGCCGGCGGUCUUAAUGUGCUGGAUGCGCUGGAGGUCAAGUCGGGCGACCAGUGGGUCCCUGUUGAUGAUGCAAAGACAUACAAGAUCGUCACCCUGGACUUCAUUGCCCGCGGCGGUGACAACUUCCUGGACCCGCCUGUCGAUGCGCCAGCCCUUAUUGCCCUGGAUGUUGCUAUGCAGGACUAUUUCCGGGCAUUUUCACCGGUCGCUCCCAAGCUGGAUGGCAGAAUCAAGAACACAGCCUCUGCUUAAAAUGCACUUUCUUUCUCCCUAUUUCUGCUGGAAAAAGCUUUAACCCCCUCAUUUUGUGCUGGAUUCUGCUGUUGGUAUU